AGAGGAUUCAUCCCGUCCAGUUUCCGCACCGAAGUGAUUCUCCUUUUGAAGCUGGCAGGACCUGUGGUCAUUUCCCAGAUGAUGAUCUUCAUGAUCAGUAUCAUCAGCAUGGUGUUUUGUGGUCAUCUAGGGAAAACACAAUUUGCAGCUGUAUCACUGGCAAUUGCGGUGGUUAAUGUGACUGGCAUUGCCGUUGGGACUGGCUUGUCAUUGACCUGUGACACCCUUAUAUCUCAGACCUUUGGAAGUGGAAACCUGAAGCGUGUGGGGGUGAUCCUUCAGAGAGGGGUUCUGAUUCUCCUUCUAGCGUGUUUCCCCUGCUGGGCUGUUCUCAUCAAUACUGAACCCUUUUUACUUGCCGUUAAACAGAGCCCAGAGGUUGCCAGUCUGGCACAAAUGUAUGUGAAGAUCGUCAUGCCUUCUCUGCCAGCGGCAUUUAUGUACCAGCUGCUGGGAAGAUAUCUUCAGAACCAGGGAAUUAUUUGGCCUCAGGUCGUAACCGGUGUAAUUGGAAACAUUUUAAACGCAUUUGUCAAUUAUGUUUUCCUCCAUCUUCUGCAACUGGGAGUUCCUGGAUCUGCCGCAGCUAAUGCAAUGUCACAGUGUGUUUUUUCCAUCAUCCUACUGGCCUAUGUUUGGUGGAAGGGGUUGCACAAAGCCACAUGGGGAGGCUGGUCCCGUGAGUGUCUCGAGGAGUGGGGACCCUUUGUCAAGCUGGCCAUGCCAAGCAUGCUCAUGUUUUGCCUUGAGUGGUGGGCAUUUGAAGUGGGAGGAUGUCUUGCUGGCAUAAUUAGUGAAAUUGAGUUGGGAGCCCAAUCUGUGAUCUAUAACCUGACUGUUGUGGCUUUCAUGUUCCCCAUUGGAAUGGCAGCUGGAGCUAGUGUCCGUGUAGGGAAUGCUCUUGGUGCAGGAAACAGUGUGCAAGCCAAGUUGUCUUGUAAAGUUUCCAUCAUCUGUACAUCUGCAGUCGCCUGUUGUGUUGGACUUAGCCUUACACUAUCCAGAAAUGGAAUUGGCUACAUUUUCACCACAGAUCCAGACAUUUUAAAGAGGACUGCUGACGUCAUGGUUGUUUUUGCUGUCAUGCAUCUUGCUGAUGCUAUUGCGGGUGUGAGUGGAGGUGUUUUUCGAGGAGUUGGAAAACAAAAGGUCGGUGCUGUGUCCAACCUGGUUGGACACUACUUCAUUGGCUUUCCAAUAGGUGUGUCUUUAUUGUUUAAGACACAAUUGGGCGUUGUAGGACUUUGGACUGGUCUUACGAUCUGUGUGGUACUGCAGGCUAUUUUCUUCGUGGCAUAUUUGUGCCGUCUUGAUUGGACAAAGGCUGCCAAUGAUGCUCAAAGGAGAGCAGGUGUUCAGGUCAAGGUUGAAGACACGGUGGAAAUGCUAGACUGCGAGCCAGACUCUAAAACUGCAGUGGUUCCUGCUCCUUCACCCAGAUGUGAGAGUACUGCAGAGGACCAACAGAUUCCAGACCAGCCUGAAACUGCAGUCACCAUAGUCGGCGAUGUUCUCACAGUGAAACAACUGCUUUUACGUCGUAGCUUGGUUCUACUUGUCAUGAUUGUCAUCUGUGUGGCUGGAAUCAUUACCAGUCACUUCCUUGUCGGACAAUUGAAGUGAGUCUCGGCUUGGUUUAUAUUUGAGAGUUAUCAGGUGACCGUGUUACUGGAUGACCCGAGCAUUGUGAAAGAGCCAAGUUUCUAAUUAUAUACCACUUCUAGUAAUCACGUGCUUUAUCGUUGUGAUCCAACUCAAUAUCAUAAAUCACUGUAUCAUAAUAAUUCUGUGUGUACAGUACAUUAGGAUGGCUGUGAAUUAUGUUAAUUUAGUAUUUCUUUGACGAUAUAGAGAACCUUUGUACAUAUUGCCAAUGAUUUUUUUUUUUUUAUUCUUUGGCUUACGACCCAACAUUAGACUGACUGUUGUUAUUGUUCUAUUGGUGUCUACUUUAUAAAUAUAGAAAGUACUGAAUAUUAACUUGUUUUAAUUGACUGUUUUGCUGCCUUUGUGGUUGUACCAUUAUGUAUAUAUAAAGUGUUUUGUUACACAGCUGUGAAAUAUGCUAUAUAAAUCAAAUUAGAUUGUAUUGUAAUUUUAUUGUAAUUGUAUUGUAUUAUAUUGAUUGCAAAAUGGGUCGUUGUCUUUUCCUCUUUGUUUCUUUCCCAAAUUGCCACCAGAGGUUGCUGUCUGCUCAGUUUACUCGGAGCUGUGAUGAAUUGAAUGGUGCUUGGGUGCGCCUAUAUGCUGUAUAUGUAAUGUAAAAAGUACAUGAUGCUAAUUGAAAUGUGACUAACA